ACCUGCAUGGUGUGGGUGCCCCUGGGAGCCACAAGGACUGAUCGCCGGGCCCUCCUGCACGCACCCCACCACCGCUGCACAAACAUGUCUUUGGAGUGGCUGACGGACUGGAGCUGGUCCCUGGACGGACUCCGGGAUUUUAUCGCCACGGGCAUCCAGUCUUUCCGGGACUGCGACACCAGCGCCCUCGCCGCCGUCGCCUGCCUCCUAGUCCUGUUUGUCUGGUACUGCUACCACGUGGGGCGGGAGCAGCCCCGCGCCUACGUCACUGUGAACGCCCUGAUGCAGGGCGCCGACGCCAACGGCUUGCAGAACGGGUACGUGUACUGCCACUCGCCCGAGUGCGUGCGCUGCACGCACAGCGACGGCCUUAACCAGAAACUCUACCACAACCUGCAGGAGUACGCCAAGCGCUACUCCUGGUCCGGCAUGGGCAGGAUCCACAAGGGCAUCCGAGAGCAGGGCCGCUACCUGAACAGCCGGCCGUCCAUCCAGAAGCCAGAAGUCUUCUUCUUACCGGACUUACCAACCAUGCCCUAUUUCUCCCGGGACGCUCAAAAACAUGAUGUGGAGUUACUGGAGCGCAACUUCCAGACCAUCCUGUGCGAGUUUGAGACCCUCUACAAGGCUUUCUCAAACUGCAGCCUCCCGCAAGGAUGGAAAAUGAACAGCACGCCCAGCGGGGAGUGGUUUACCUUUUACCUGGUGAACCAGGGCAUGUGCGUGCCCAGGAACUGCAGGAAAUGCCCACGGACGUACCGUUUGCUCGGGAGCCUUCGCACCUGCAUUGGCAACAAUGUCUUUGGGAACGCUUGCAUCUCCAUGCUGAGCCCCGGCACCGUCAUUGCAGAGCACUACGGACCCACCAACAUCCGCAUCCGCUGCCACCUAGGCCUGAAGACUCCCAGCAACUGCGAGCUUGUGGUGGGAGGCGAACCUCAGUGCUGGGCUGAGGGCCGGUGCCUGCUCUUUGAUGACUCUUUCCUGCACACUGCGUUUCAUGAAGGUGCCCCGGAGGAGGGCCCCCGCGUGGUCUUCAUGGUGGAUCUGUGGCACCCCAAUGUUGCAGCUGCUGAGCGCCAAGCCCUAGAUUUUAUCUUUGCUCCAGGACGAUGAGCAU